AACACUCUUCUCAGUCCUGUGAAGAAGUUGACAAAAUGAAAUUCAUUGUGUCUGUUCAUUGCUAUUUUCAAUUGUUCAUUCACGUUCAUUUUUCGCUCGUCCUGAACGUCACCUGAGAUCUUUGGUUAUUAUGAAUAUCAUGGAGACAAAACCGAGACUUUCACGAGAGGAUGUACGAAGAGUUAUACCGUUGAGAGAAAUGUUUGAAGCCUACUGCCAUCUGGACCCAAUCUCGGACGCACUGAGCGUCAACCACCUCCCAUUCUCUGUCCUCAGCCUCUGGCUCGAGUCAGCAAAAAUAAUCGACAUGAAUCGAGUGACGAAAACCGAUGCCUACUUGUGCUUCUUUAAAUUCGAAAAACGUGCGAUAAAUUACGAAGAGUUCCAGAUAUACCUCGAGGACUUGGCACACGAGAGGGACCUCGACCUGAAGGACAUGAAGCAGAGGCUGAAAACCUGUGGGAAGCCCGAAGUGAAGGAUCAUUUGCCCAAACGAGAAACGUAAACCCAUGAGAAUUGAAUCAAAAUUUAAUGGUUCAUUGAAUCAGUCGUUUGGAUUUUUUAA